AUGUCCACCACAGCCAGAGCUCGAAGCCGAACCGGCAGCAUCGGCGGCCGGAUGGACCGCGUUGCCAGCCGUAGCCGCAGUACCCGCCGCACAAGCACUGCCCGCCAGGCCAGUCGCAGCAAGUCUCAUUUGCCAGGAGAACGACGAACUCAGGUCAUGGUCGUGGGCCUUGGCAUGGUCGGCAUUGCGUUCAUUGAGAAGCUCCUGACCCUCGACACUGCGGGCAAGUAUUUUAUCAGGACGUGCGGCGAGGAGCCGACGUACGCGUACAACCGUGUAGGCUUGACUGAAUACUUUCAACACCGCAACAUUGAGGACUUGUAUCUGAACGAAGUGUCUUGGUAUGCCAAACAGAACCCAGACCAUUUUGCUUUUCACAUCGGCGAACAGGUUACCAGUAUCGACCCCUCGACGCGAACAGUCAUUACAUCACGUCAAAACACCUUCUCGUACGACAUUCUGGUUCUCGCCACAGGCUCGGUGGCUGAUGUACCGCCGUACGUCACCCGUGAGGAGGCCGCGCGGACGAAGGGCAUGUUCGUCUACCGCAGCAUCGCCGACCUGGAAGGCAUUAUCCAGUACGCAGAAAGGGACAAUGUCACGAAGGCGACCGUCCUUCUUGGAUUGGAAGCAGCCAAAGCAGUGUACGACAUGCCCGGUGUACCCGACGUUUCGAUCAUGAUCCGUCAAGACUACCCCCUGAACCGGCAGUUGGACGCUCCUGCAGGAGAGCUGGUGAUGAAGCGCAUCGAAGGCAUGGGUGUCAAGGUGUUGACCAGGUGCUCGCCCAAGAGCAUCUCGACGUCUGUGGACGAUGCCGGCCAGCCGACAUUUACCGGUUUCAACGAUCCACGGAUCGAAUCCGACAUGGUCAUCUUUGCCACCGGUAUCCGACCACGCGACGACCUCGCCGCGUCAGCGGGCAUCCACACGGCCCGGCACGGCGGUGUCAUUGUGGACGACAGCCUGUUGACUAACAUCCCCAACGUCUAUGCAAUUGGCGAGUGUGCCAGCUGGCGGGGAAACUACUAUGGCUUGAUUGCGCCUGGUGUGGAGAUGGCCGACAUUCUGGCGUUCAACCUCACUCAGACGUAUGGACGGGGCUCGCACGCACCCCGCAAGAUGAACCCCCCUGAUCUGUCUACCCGUCUAAAGUUGAUGGGUGUGGACGUCGCAAGCUUUGGAGACUACUUUGCCGACUCGCGUGAGCCCCCCAAACCAGUUCGCCCUGUUCCGGCUCCUGCGGCAGAGGGGGAGGUGGCGAUCAAGCAGGCCUUGCCGAGUCGACGACACUUGCUUGCCGACGGACCCAUCAAAUGUCUCACCUAUCACGACCCCAUCGCAUCCGUGUACAAAAAGUACCUGUUCACUGAGGAUGGUAAGCACUUGAUCGGCGGCAUGAUGAUCGGCGACGUCUCCGACUUUACAAAGCUUGUUGCGAUCACCAAGAAGAAGAAAGCACUCGACGUUCCGCCCUCUCAGUUUAUCCUGGGUGCCAAAGCAAACGGCGAGGAGAAUGGGGACGACCUAGACGACGACGCUGUCGUCUGUUCGUGUCACAACGUUACCAAGGGUGUCAUUUCUCAAUGUGUCAAGGACGGCAUCACCGAGUUACCAGACAUCAAGUGCAAGACCAAGGCUGGGGCCGGGUGCGGCGGGUGUGUGCCUCUUGUAACGGCCAUCUUCAAAAGCGAGAUGAAGAAGGCGGGCCACCAGAUCAACAAGAGCCUCUGUGCCCACAUCAAGAUGAGCCGUCAGGACCUCCUGGCGGUGGUCAAGGUGAAAAAACUGCAGGACUUCCGAACCAUCAUGGAGACCAUUGGCGUCCCCAACUCACAAGGGUGCGAGAUCUGCAAGCCCGCCAUUGCCAGUGUGCUUGCGGGUCUUCACAACCAGCACGUCAUGCUCCCAAAGCACCACGGCAACCAGGACACCAACGACAAGUUCAUGGCCAAUAUUCAGCGGAAUGGUUCAUUCUCUGUCGUCCCUCGCAUCCCUGGUGGCGAGGUGAAGCCCGAGCAGUUGAUUGCCAUUGGCCAGAUUGCAGCCGAGUACGGCCUGUACACCAAGAUCACUGGUGGCCAAAGAAUCGACAUGUUUGGCGCCAAGAAGCCAGACCUGCCCGAUAUCUGGGAGAAACUUCAAGCUGUCGGACUCGAGUCGGGACAGGCGUACGGCAAGUCACUUCGCACUGUCAAGUCAUGUGUGGGCUCGACGUGGUGCCGAUUUGGUGUCGGUGACUCGGUGGGACUGGCUAUUGACCUUGAGAACCGCUACCGCGGUGUACGUGCGCCGCACAAGUUCAAGGGUGGCGUGUCUGGCUGUGUGCGCGAGUGCGCGGAGGCCCAGUCCAAAGACUUUGGUCUCAUUGCCACGGACAAGGGUUGGAACAUCUUCAUUGGCGGCAACGGUGGUGCCAACCCCCGUCACGCUCUGCUUUUCGCCCAGGACGUGCCACCGUCAAAGGUCGUUCGCAUCCUGGACCGAUACAUCAUGUUUUACAUUCGCACCGCCGAGCACCUGCAGCGCACAGCGCCAUGGGUCGAGUCGUUCGAUGGGGGCCUCGCCAAACUCCAGCGCAUUCUCAUCGACGACGAGCUCGGCAUCUGUGCUGAUCUGGAGGCAGAGAUGGCGUCUUUGGUUGACACGUACGAGGACGAGUGGAAGAAGGCCGUCCAGAACCCCGACGUCCGCAGCAAGUUCCGCCAGUUUGUCAACACUCCCGAGCGCAGAGAGGCGAUCGAGAUCAUCGCCGAGCGCGGUCAGCCCCGCGCCGCGGACUGGCCCAAGGAGUUUCCCUCGCAAAAGUUUGCCGCAACCAGCCUGCCCACGCCGAAGUCUGAGUGGAAGUGGGUCCCGCUGGCCACAGUGUCCGACUUGGCGCCAAACGACGAAAACACGACGUCGGCGGCGGUGAGGUAUGGCAAGGACUCGCAGCUGGCCAUCUUCCACGUUCCGCAAAAGGGCUACUACGCCACACAGCAAAUGUGCCCGCACAAGCGCGCGUUCGUCCUCGACCACGGCAUCAUUGGCGACAAGGACGGCGACCUCUACGUCAGCUGCCCCUUGCAUAAGCGCAACUUUAGACUAGACAAUGGCGACUGCACAAACGAUGCGCAGUACUCGGUGCUGGCGUUUGAAGUCCGGGCCGAUGCCGGCCAGCUGCUCAUCCUCCUGCCCCCGGAAGACGAACUGGACGCUGUGAUUGGUGCGUCCAAGUGGAUGGUUCGCAAGGACACGGCAAAGGAGAUGGGCGGCGUUGCUGCGACCGCAACCAACGGGUGCGGAGGGGAGAGUGCGUGCGGAGAUUCAAAGUUGGAGUGGUGA